AUGGUGGUCCCUGUCGCGUUCAUCAGGGUGGUCCUCUGUAGCGUCGUCUUCACAUUGUGGUUGUACAGCCUGUGUGGUUGUGGUAGCGAGAUCGUGUCGUAUUGGUUCAUCUGGUCGUGGUCACCAUUGUUCAUUCGGCCAUCCCUCGCAUCCAUCACCCCCCGCUUGCUGCCACGCGCCUCAACCUCGUUUUUUACGCAGUUCAGUCCGGUCCCGCAAACGGCACAACAUCCUGGAUCGUCACUGUGUGGUCCUCGAUCCGAUGACGACGAACAACAAAUCGGUUGUUGUUCGUCAUUUGGUUGCCACGUCGCUGUCGACGACGUGGCAUCUGGGUUAUCUGUGUUGGUGGUGGUGGUGAUGGGCGCUCCCCGCCCGUGUCGUUCGAGUGGUGAUGGUGGUGGGCGCUGCUCAUCGACAUCCGUGGGUGGUGGCACUCGUGGCCGUUGUGGUGGUAGUGGUGGGGCAGCUUGGCUUGGCUAA